ACAACCAACUGUCACUUUGCUCCGCCUUUGCUCGUGCUCGUUUUUAAAUAACCCACGAUAGUACAUCAGUUUGUUAAAUAACAUGUUUUACCGGUAAAAAGGCAUCGCUUUCCAUCUCUGGUUUGAAAAGAAGCGUCCCCAAACAUGGCUUUUGUGAUACGGUUUGCCAAAGCCGUCAGGAACAACUGGAAGAAGUCGACCGUCUUUGCAAGCGCGCUAGCAUACGGUGUGUCGUACUCGAACGAGAAAUAUGAAAUCAAACAGCUAAUGCGAUACUACUGCUCGGAAGCGUCACGGUACGGGGAUGUGAAGAUAGGCCUGAACCAACGACCGCCUAAAGUGUUGGUGCUUCUCAAUCCGGCCGCAAAUCGCAAAUCCUCUGAAGAAGAUUUCCACAACUACUGUGAACCGAUUCUUCAUCUCGCUGGCUUUGAGGUGGAUGUUGUUAAAACCGAUUCCGAAGGACACGCGCGCCGGUACGUGGAAGAGCUAGCAAACCUUCCCGAUGCACUGAUUGUUGGCGGUGGUGAUGGAACACUGUCGGAAGCUGUUUCCGGAAUGAAACGUCGCCAGGAUGGUACCCAGUGUCCGAUAGGCGUGCUACCGCUCGGCCGUACCAAUACACUCGCCGUAAAACUCUUCUCGCCGGAAGGGGCCAACAAUUCCGAUCUAGAAAAUGUACGCACCAUGGCUAAUGCGGCAUAUGCGGUUAUUGCCGGUAAGAAGGAAAAGACAGACGUGAUGCGCAUCGAGGUGUUGCCAAGUGUGGCGGAUGAAACGCCACCGGAAAAACCGGUGUACGCUGUCGGUGCACUGCAGUGGGGUGCUUUCCGCGACAUACUCGCGCUGAGGGAUAAGUACUGGUAUACGGCUUCGUUGCGCGAUUAUACGGCGUUCCUUUUCAAUGCAUUCGAUGGAGCACACACGUGGAAGUGUAAGGCUAAGAUCGCGUACACGGAACCGUGCAGCGGAUGCAGCAAUUGCUACAAGGAUAUGGAUGACCAAUGGGCAGCAGCUAAAAGGCAGGAACAGCAGCCACGCCGAUGGUGGUCGGUGUUUGUGCCACGCUCGAAAACAGCUCCCAAGACGGAUUACAGUAAAAUCAUCAAUGAGCGGUGCUCCGUUCGGCAUGAGCUGGAGGUGGACCCUUCGGAGCUUGUGAUCAAAACUGGCAACGUAGCGGUAGAAGAAAAAGGCAGUGAAACGAAGGAAGACUCCACAAAGCUGGAAGUGCUCGUUGGAGAGCAGGCAGAUUCAAGCUUCAACUUCAUUGGUGAAAGCUGGGGACGUGUUAAGGGUCGAAAGUUCUUCGAAUGUCCUGCGAAGGAUAGUUUCAGCGUGCGUACGGUGGAACUUUUUCCGGAACGAUUAAAAGUGGAAGAGAGCGACCCGGAACUUUACUACUCCAUCGACAAUGAGGCUUACGAGGUGCGUCCCGUACGGAUAACGGUGGUGCCGAAGGCGGUUGAGAUAUUUACCUUCUAGAAGAAGCAAUAAACCAACCACAAACCGAAACGAACCGG